AAAAAAGGUUGGGGACCCCAGCUCUACAUCACACUAAAAAUUAAUCUAAAGGUGAACAACCUCUUUAAUCAUUGCUGCUUUACUAGAGGCAUAAUUUAUAAUUAGUGAUGGGCGAAUAAAUUCGGCAGGCAUGUAUUCGGUGAAUAAAUUCGCGUAACCGCCGCAAAAAUUAGUUUGGCGUAAAAAAAGACUGGACGCGCGUCAGAAUACUCACUCGCGUCGUAACUGUCGCACGCUAACAUUAUUCAGAUGCCCAUUGACUUUAACGCGGGCGUCAAAAUUGACGUAAAUUGACGCGGGUGCCAAAAUUCGCGUUAUGCUAAUUUUUCGCAAAACAAAUUCGCCCAUCACUGUUUAUAAUUAUGCAGUCCAGUAGAUUCAUUUAUUGUCCAUCUAAUAAAUAGCUCAUAACCUGAAAUCUCAUCAAACUUCUGAAAUCUGUUUUAUUUAUUUCUUUCUUUGUUUUUCCUGACAACUCCAAUGCUUGAAGUAAGGUCACUGGGCGACCCCCAAUAUCCCACUGACAACAUAAUGCUUUUAGGGUGCUGGAAGCUGAAGUUCAACAUCAUCUGGAAAGCUACGUACUGUUCAUGUAAUCUGGACUUUGAGUCAUUUCUGGAAAGCUUGAUAGUACAGAAUAAAGGUUCCCUUCAAUUUGAGGACAAAUGGGACUUUAUGAGACCUAUAGUUCUGAAACUUUUACGGCAGGAAUCUGUUACGAAACAGCAAUGGUUCGAUUUGUUCUCAGAUGUACAUGCAGUUUGUCUGUGGGAUGACAAGGGACCUGCAAAAAUUCACCAGGCUUUGAAAGAAGACAUCCUUGAUUUUAUAAAGCAAGCUCAGGCUGGCAGGACUUCACGGGCGAUUUCACAGCGAUCCGACGCGCUGCGCAAAAUCGCAGGCGUCACGUCGGAUGCGACAGAAACAAGAGGGUAUUAAGCCAUCAAGAUGACACUGCUUUACUUAAAGCUUACAUUGUAGAGUGGCGCAAGUUCUUCACCCAGUGUGACAUCUUACCGAAGCCUUUUUGUCAAUUAGAAAUCACUUUAAUGGGAAAGCAAGGCAGCAACAAAAAAUCCAAUGUAGAAGAUAGCAUUGUACGAAAGCUGAUGCUGGACACAUGGAAUGAAUCUAUUUUCUCUAAUAUAAAAAACAGACUUCAGGAUAGUGCAAUGAAAUUGGUCCACGCUGAGCGAUUAGGAGAAGCUUUUGAUUCUCAACUUGUAAUAGGAGUGAGGGAAUCGUAUGUUAAUUUAUGUUCCAAUCCGGAAGACAAACUCCAGAUCUACCGGGAUAAUUUUGAAAAAGCCUACUUGGAUUCAACAGAGAGGUUCUACCGAACACAGGCCCCUUCCUACCUGCAGCAGAAUGGUGUACAGAACUACAUGAAAUAUGCAGAUACUAAACUAAAGGAAGAGGAAAACAGAGCACUUCGCUAUCUAGAGACACGACGGGAAUGUAACUCUGUGCAGGCGUUGAUGGAAUGUUGUGUGAAUGCUCUUGUGACGUCCUUCAAGGAGACAAUUUUGGCUGAAUGCCAAGGCAUGAUCAAGCGCAAUGAAACGGAAAAGCUGCAUUUAAUGUUUUCUCUCAUGGAUAAAGUCCCUAAUGGAAUAGAACCCAUGUUAAAAGAUCUAGAAGAGCACAUUGUAAGUGCCGGCUUAGCUGACAUGGUAGCUGCUGCAGAAACUAUUACUACUGAUUCAGAAAAAUACGUUGAACAGUUACUUACCCUGUUUAACAGAUUUAGUAAACUAGUGAAAGAAGCCUUUCAAGAUGAUCCAAGGUUUCUCACUGCACGAGAUAAGGCAUACAAAGCUGUUGUAAAUGAUGCAACAAUAUUCAAACUCGAAUUACCACUAAAACAGAAAGGGGUGGGUCUGAAAACACAACCUGAGUCCAAAUGCCCGGAGUUGCUCGCUAACUAUUGUGAUAUGUUGUUACGGAAAACGCCACUCAGCAAGAAAUUGACUUCCGAGGAAAUCGAGGCAAAGCUGAAGGAAGUGCUGUUGGUACUAAAAUAUGUGCAGAACAAGGAUGUGUUUAUGAGGUACCACAAAGCUCACCUAACGCGCCGCCUGAUUUUAGAUAUCUCUGCCGACAGUGAAAUAGAAGAGAACAUGGUGGAGUGGCUCAGGGAGGUGGGCAUGCCAGCUGAUUAUGUCAACAAGCUCGCCAGAAUGUUCCAGGACAUCAAAGUAUCUGAAGACUUAAACCAAGCUUUCAAAGAAAUGCAUAAAAACAACAAAUUAGCCCUGCCUGCUGACUCUGCGAAUAUUAAAAUUCUGAACGCCGGCGCUUGGUCUCGGAGCUCGGAAAAAGUGUUUGUGUCGCUUCCCACUGAGCUGGAGGACCUCAUUCCUGAAGUAGAGGAGUUUUACAAGAAAAACCACAGCGGCAGAAAACUUCACUGGCACCAUCUUAUGUCCAACGGCAUUAUAACAUUUAAGAAUGAGGUCGGUCACUAUGACUUGGAAGUUACCACUUUCCAGCUGGCGGUUUUGUUUGCUUGGAACCAAAGGCCGAGAGAAAAAAUCAGCUUUGAAAAUCUUAAACUGGCGACAGAGUUACCUGAUGCUGAGCUAAGGAGAACUCUGUGGUCUCUUGUAGCAUUUCCAAAGCUAAAACGACAAGUAUUAUCCUAUGAACCAGCUGUGAAUUCUCCAAAAGACUUCACGGAAGGCACGCUCUUCUCCAUAAAUCAGGAGUUCAGCUUAAUAAAAAAUGGAAAGGUUCAGAAACGGGGCAAGAUCAACUUAAUUGGGCGCUUGCAGCUGACCACGGAAAGAAUGCGGGAGGAAGAAAAUGAAGGCAUCGUGCAGCUGCGGAUAUUAAGAACACAGGAGGCUAUUAUUCAAAUCAUGAAGAUGAGGAAGAAAAUCACUAAUGCCCAGCUCCAGACCGAACUUGUAGAAAUUUUAAAAAAUAUGUUUCUGCCACAGAAGAAAAUGAUAAAAGAGCAAAUCGAGUGGCUCAUAGAACACAAGUACAUCCGGAGAGACGAAUUCGACAUUAACACCUUCAUCUACAUGGCGUGAUCUGGCCAAUCCUAUUGGUAUGGAUAAUUACCCAGAAGUCCUUGGAGCCGGCCGUCUCAAUCGUUCAUGCUGAAAGCAAACUCCUGCCUUAUUUGAAGGACAAAAACAAAAAUCCUAUUGCCAAUGUCAUAUUGACAGCAUGACCUCUUCUUCAUCGACUUCUCCAUGGUUUUUUGAGCAGCAUGCCGUUUUAAUGCAAACUCCUUUCUGAAGAACUCGUCAUGAGCUUGUAAAGUAGAUUUCACUUGGUUCAACCAGAAAAACCUUGUUUGUUCCCCCCCAUGCGGACGAGGACAUCACAUUUUCAUGCAUUUUCAUGAGGAACCGCUCAAAGUGUCGUUUUGUGUUUAAAACAACUAAGAUACAAAAAAGACGACCCCCCUGCGAUUUAGCACUUUUGCCUCUAAGUAUUGCGUUUAUUUAACAUAAACAUGAUCUUUCCCGCGCAA